CGCUCGGUCACGCACGCACGUCACAUCGUUUCAGUACGGCAGCUCAGUUGAGUAGUGAUCUCGAUACCCGGCGAACCGUACGCACGGCGCACACGUGCCACUCGCGCCCAGCCAUCCCUUCUCCGUAUCCCAAUAUCCGUUCCGUAUUCGAGCGAUUUGCUACUUGCUUGGUGUCGCCGUCGCAUCAUCUGAAGACACCCCGCCAGUGCGAGUUACAUUAGUCGCAGUUCCCAUCGAUGUCUUGCCCACUUAUACGUUUCCUAUCGUAUUAUAUAACACAAAAUAAACACUACAUCCAACGCUACCACGUGUGCGCCCCGGCUGGCAUAUAACCAAUUCAUUUCCAUCAAGCCUCCAAACGUACACGCUCCGACAUUCGAGGAAUUUGAGUAAUAAUCGUUAUGAAACAAAAUAAUUAACGUGGUGUUGAGCAGUAAAACACAUUCCAGUUUAACAUCGUCAGUAUUGUAGUUAUCUGUAAAAGUGUCGUUCAAAAUUUUAUAUAGUGAAAUGGCUAAUUCCGUGGAGCAGCAAUUUAGCGAACUUAACCUGUCACCGGAGCACCAUGAACAAAUAUUUGAACCGGAGGAUCAUCCAGACCAAAGCCGAUCAUCAAAGGUGGUACUCAUCAGUGGUCUGCCCCUGCAUUUUCGCUUCGACAACAUCGAGCACCAGCUCGCACAGUAUGGCAACGUGCAGCAUUGCGACAAAGCGACCUCGCGUGAUGCCAACACCCAAGCGGUGUUCAUUACGUUCGAGACGCCGGAGCAGGCGCAGCUAGCUAUCAAUGGCUUGAAUGGGUGUGAUAUAGAGGGCAGCCGAAUGAAAGUGGAAGCUGCAGAGCAAAACGCUCGCGGCGGGCGGCGUGGCAGGCCAGGCGGCGGCCGUGGGGGUGGCGGUGCAACUGGUGGCUCUCGUCCCACCGAUUUUCCGCUGCGGCUACUGGUUCAAAGCGACAUGGUCGGAGCGAUUAUCGGCCGGCAAGGCAGCACCAUCCGCCUAAUUACACAGCAGAGCCGCGCCCGUGUCGAUGUACACCGUAAGGAUAAUGUAGGUUCCCUCGAAAAAGCCAUCACCAUUUACGGCAACCCCGAGAACUGUACCAAUGCCUGUAAAAGGAUACUAGAAGUCAUGCAACAGGAGGCGAACAACACUAACAAGGGUGACAUCUGUCUUAAGAUUUUGGCCCAUAAUAAUUUAAUAGGAAGAAUUAUUGGUAAAGGUGGAAAUACCAUCAAAAGAAUCAUGCAAGAAACUGAUACCAAGAUUACAGUAUCUUCAAUUAAUGACAUCAACAGCUUCAAUUUAGAGCGGAUCAUUACUGUUAAAGGAUCAAUUGAAAAUAUGGCUAAAGCAGAGUCACAAAUUUCAGCUAAAUUGCGUCAAAGUUAUGAAAAUGACUUGCAGGUGUUGGCACCGCAAAGUAUAAUGUUCCCGGGUUUACACCCCAUGGCGAUGAUGUCGACAGGGCGCGGCUUUUGCGGAGCCCCUCCGCCGUUCCCGCCUCCCAUCUACGCACCGCUAGCCGGCCAGGGUGGUGCGCAACAGGGUGCUGGUGAUUCGCAGGAAACUACAUACUUAUAUAUACCCAACAACGCGGUAGGCGCUAUAAUCGGUACUAAGGGCUCUCACAUCCGCAACAUAAUUCGAUUCAGUAACGCGUCUGUGAAGAUCGCCCCUCUGGAGCAGGAGAAACAGGGCGAGAACCCAAAUAAUCCGCAGCAAGAGCGAAAGGUCACAAUCGUUGGCAGUCCGGAGGCCCAGUGGAAGGCGCAGUAUUUGAUCUUCGAGAAAAUGAGGGAGGAAGGUUUCAUGUCCGGCUCAGAUGAUGUCCGGCUGACUGUUGAAAUAGUGGUCGCUUCGUCCCAGGUCGGACGUAUUAUCGGCAAAGGUGGUCAGAAUGUACGCGAGCUGCAGCGUGUUACUGGUUCCUUGAUCAAGCUGCCCGAGCAGCCGCCGCAGCCAACUGGGCAGCAGCAGGACCUGGACACGACCGUGCACAUCGUGGGACCAUUCUACAGCGUGCAGUCCGCUCAGCGCCGCAUUCGUGCUAUGGUGGCGCAAGCCAGUGCGCCUGGUCGUCGCCGCGCGGCUCAGCCUCCACCGGCACAACAGUAAACGGCCUCCGCGACCCCUUCCCCGCGCGCCCUCAUCACCACUUCACCCCCAACCCUCGCAACACAGUCAGCCUCGGCCAGCCCUGCCAGGUCUUCGCAGCGUGCUUGGCCUCGAGGCCGCCGACGUUAUGUCACAGGCCAGUAGCGCGCUAUAUACCUCUAUUAGCUCAGUUAGGGUGUCUGGUACAUGCCGCACCCACUUUGUACUUGUACUGCAGACUGGACACGCCCGCGCCCAGUCUACCGAACACUGCGCAGGCAGGCUGUUGUGUUGACAGCAUGUGUCCAAAUGUUAUUGUUGACAUAAUUAUAUUAUUGUAGUGAAUUGUAAUUAAAUACUAUUUUAAAUCCAUAUUUUAUCCCGGGAGUAACUAUGUUGAUAAUUAAUAUUUGAAUAUAAUUAUAUAUUAUACACUAUUUUUUUAACUAUAGUGCCAGUUAUAUGAAUUUAGUGCCGUGAAUAUAUUUAAUUGUUAUAAUUGUUUUCCUACCCUGUUAUUCUACUACUACAUUAUAAAGAGUUGUCAUAGAUUGCAAUAGUUAACGAUUACGUUCUCUAUACAUAUACACAUGUUGAUACAAUAGCUAUAGUAAUCAAACCAAUAUAAUUAUACAAACGAGAGGAAGUACAUAUUUUGUUUUGUUAUAAAGUAAUAGAUUAAUCUGUUGAGACUAUCACUACACUGCUGUUAUAUAUAAUUUUUGAAAGGGUGUGUGUGUGGAAUAUUUUAAACCAACUGUAGGAACGGAUAAUGCACAUGACGUUUAUGCUUUAUCGAGGAGGCUCAAUGGAAAAACGGAUGCUUGGCGAGUAUAUUGUAAGAAUAUUUUCUUUAAACGAUACAUGAAAUUUCUGCAUGCAUGCUGAGGAAAACGUUGUUGUACAAUGGUUUCGUAGAAUCAACUAAUGUGUUGGGUGUUAAGUAACUAAUCCAAAGAGUGAACGCCGAUCGCUUGUCGAGUCGGCACAGUGUUAUGACGAGCCUUGACUAGACUCGAGGACGUCGCCGCGGCGACGCCCUCACAUUACGGAAAUGAUAAGGUCCAUCUGUGGAUGAAUAUUUUUGAUAAUAUAAUAGUAAUUGUUGGAGAGUAAGGAAUUUUAAUUUUUAAGUAACAUUUGUUGAUUCGUUUUUUUGUAAUUUUGUCUUUGUUAGCUUUAUAAUGUUUUCUUAACGGUGUAAUUUGAAGAUUUUGAAAAUUAAGACGAUACCGUAGCGUUAAUGGUGCGAAUGGAAGCGUCGCGUAUUGUUCGGUUCUAUCGUGAUAUGUUUUAUUGUACGAUUUGCGUUAUACUUGUGCCAAGUGAGAUAAUUAAAUAUGAGAGUUUAAGAUUAAGUGAGUAAUAUCAAAAUUAAAGAAAGCUUAGAUAUUUAUAAUUGUGAUAAUAAUAUAUGGAAGUUUUGGCAAAAAUGUUACUAAGAAUGUUAAAUCAUUCUUAUUUCCAUUUUCUCAAUUUUAGGUUAGAUUAUAAUAAAAUUAUAAAUUAAGUUGUAUAGGCGAUGUGGGGCAUAAAUAAAUAACAGCGUCUUGACUGCCGUUGGGAUCAGAGUCGCGGUCCACACCGUGUGCGGGCCGUGUACGGGCCCUGUACGCAGCCAUCGAAUGGGGCGGCGGCGGAGUAUGUCUGUCUGCUCGUUUGACAUAACGAAUCACAUCUUUUUUAACAUUCGAACCAGAAUAAUUUUUUUACCCUAUAUCCCAAAUGCAUUAAAAUAAUUUUCAUUUCAUACUUAUCGGAUGAUUAUUUUCCAUCCCUGAAAAUAUUUGCACAUUGAGUGCUUACAACUUAUUUAACGUAAUAAUGCUUUAUUCAGAAUAUUCACAAUAAUGCUAUAUAAUUUCUCAUAUUUGUUUAACAUCUAUAAUAUAAGCAAUUGGCUACAACAGUUUUGUAUUGCUUCCACAUAUUAUUGAAAAUUAAUCUCACUAAUGGCCUUUAAUUUGUUAUGACUGUUCCAUAAUUCUUUUACCGAUCGGACAAAGUACGUAUAUAUUACAAUAAUUCAUUAAAAUUUGUAAUCUAAUAUUUGACACGAGAUUAACAAUGAAUGAGCAAAAUAAUUUGAGGCUGAUUGGUGUCAACUCUUCACAAAUAUGUUUGCGAUUGGUGAGUCAUAUCAAUGUGAGGUACGUUGUUACUUUACUGUACUGUAACGUACUUAAUAGUCGCCCAAGAACAUAAGAUAAUCAUGUUACCAACUUAUGGACAAAUAUUCUCGAAUCGUUCAAUAUAAAGUUUUGUAGACAAUUAAAUCGAAAACAUAACACUACGAUCUACAAAUGUUUGCUUAAUACUAAAUUUCUUAUAGAAGUCAGAAAUGUACCGAAAACUUAGGCAUAUAUUUAUAAUCAUUAAUAGGCAUUUGUCAAAUAUUAGUAAGUUGUUUAUUUACUAUAAUUGUUACAUCUGUAGUUUACUAAGACACACCAUAUGUAUAAUGCGAUCUACAGGCAACUGCACAUGUUUUAGCUUCCUAUGUAUGUUAUUUUACUUUUAAAUUAAAAUAUGUACAAUUAUGAAUAUGACUUUAAAUAAAUUUGAAUUAUAUGAUAUGAAUAAAGUCUAUGAAUAAAUCUAACCUUUUUUUCAUGUUGCGAUUGUGAAGUCUUAUUUAAUGUUUAUAUGUAUGAUUCUCUAUCUAUUGACCAUAUAUUGGCCUCCUAUGUUACCAAAUUUUGAAUACGCAGAAUAUAUAAUCAUGAAUUGGGAAUAUGCCGAAAGAAUAAAUAGAAAUGAUAUAAAUUAUGAUAAAAUAAAAACUCGGAUGAUUUUGUAAAAUAUAUAAUUAUGAAUAUCUCGAAGGAAUAAAUUUAAAUGAUGUAAAUUAUGAAUAAAUCGAGAACUUUUAAUUCAGAAGUCGUAGUUUCGAAGAUACAAGUAUGUUUCUCUAUUAAUAAAAUUUUACUUACUAUAUUGUAUGUAUUGUAUUUAUAAUUGUCCAUGCUUGUAUUGUUUUUAACAUAAUGCGAUUGGAUGUUAAAACAGUGCAGUUCCCAAACACGGUACGGAUAGUGUUAUAUUAGCUUUAUAUAACUCUAUAAUAAAUGCUAAGCGCUAUUUUGUUUAUACAUGAAUCGCUCGGCAUCUUGUUUGAGAGUUGGACGUCGGUUAAUUCUGUGGCAUGUUCUGAAUUGACAUGACUAUCGUAAUAUGUUAUGACGGAACUAGAUCAUACACGUCUUUGUAGGUUAAUGAUGUUAUAUUACCGUGUGAUUUAUCAACAGCACACUAUUUUAAGUCGAAUGUUAUUAUUGUUAUACAUUAUGAAGUUGCUAUAUUCUAUUUACUCUAGUUGUUUGCAUACUAUGGAAUCUUAGCAUGAAAUACUGGUUAUUGUGACAGUUAAUUAUAUGAUAUAAAAUAAAACUUACACUCGUGUGACAUAUGAAUAGAAAUUAGUUUUUACUGUUUAGUACCUAUAAGUGUUAUGUGCUAAAUAGUUCCUACCGAUAUAAUGUUAAAAAGUAUAAAAUCCCCAUGACUUAAAAUAGUGUGUUCAAGCAUCUUAAACAAAUGAACUAUACGAUGUCUAAGUACAGACAGCUCUGGAUACUACAUAAUUUCCCUAUGUAAUACUCCAUAAUAAAUAUGAAUAAUUAUACGUCGGGAUCUCACUCGACAUUUGCAGUCUUAUAACAAUACCACAAGACUGAUGCCGGUGACAUUUCGACUUGCUACUUGGUAGUUGACAUAACGAAUAACAUAAUACCUCUAACUCUAAAUAAAUAACUUAACCGCACCAUGUUCAAGUGACCUACUUACGGUAAAAUGCGGAAAUUGGUUCGUAAUAAUAUAUGUAUAUAUAUAUAUAUAUAGGUAUCGAAUAUGAAGCCGUAUAAUUUCUUAAUGUAGCGAACCGAUUGUAGUUCUCCGGUUGUAAUGCUCUCCUGAGCUCGCUGCUCAAACUGUGCACCAUAUUGAAAUUUCUUCAUGAGAUAUUUGAUCCUAAAUGUAUUGCCGUUUAUUAUGUAACAUUCCAUAUUUUAAGGAAAUAACACCUGGAGGUUUAAAUUUAGAAUCAAAUAUCAUAAUGUAUAUUUAAAUGUCAUUUGGACAUAGUAUUUUAAUAUUAUUAUGUACUAAAAGGGACUUGUAAUUAUCUCUGUAAUAGUCCUUAAUGAUAAAAAGAACAAUUUACAAUCACGAUGUUAGCAGUUAUUUGUACAUUACGAAUAAUACAUCUCUGUUUUAGAUAUACAUAUGUGUGCUUAAACUAUAAUACAGUAGAACCUCCAAAAGUUUAAGUUCAAGGAAAACGUUAUAAAGUUCCAGUUAUAGAAGUACAUAAGUGUACGUAGUAUUAAGUGUAUAUGCCAGGUAUGUUUAAAUGGCUCAUGUUUUACUCUGAACUAUUUCAUUUCUGUUAUUGAGGAAUCAAUAACUGGCUUGGUGUUAAAGUUAAAAGACCAUUCUGAACAUAUCUGAAAAUCUAAAAAGGCAGUCGCCGUAAUCUUUUUGACUGAAAUUUAUGGCGGUUCUCUUACUUGCUACUUUCUAAUCGAUGUCUAUUUAGAUAUUUAAAUGUCAGAUGCAUAGGAAAAAUAAUUAGAAUUUUCCACUCAUAAUAACUACUGAUUAUUCCGCUUUCAGUCGAGAAAUACCACUGAAAUAUAUAUAUUCUCUGAUGUCGGCAGCGCGCUAUGCCGGUCUUAAAAAGGAUUGUUAUAGUUGCUUAAUUUUUAAUUGCGUCGACGGUUGAUUUGAAAAUUUUUGAGAAGUAAUAUUUUAGUAGCGUCCAAA